UUAUUUUUUCUAUUCACCUUCUCUGGUCUGUUUUUACUUCAGAGUUCACCUUGUUGCUGUUGCACAAAGGAAAAUUUAAAUAGACCUUGUAGUUUAGGUGAGUUAGUGCAAGAUAAAGCCUGUGGACAGAAAAAUACAAAUAGAAAAGGAAAAUCAGUGGUUUUCUCACCAAAAGAAUACAUUUCACCGUGUUUCAAACCAGAAUAUACAGAAUUCAAACCAGCAUAUCAGAAAUUCAACAUCAAGAAUGGUUUUGAUCCUUUUCUAAGGAAUAUAAACAACAAAAUGCCAGUUCAAAAAAGGAAAGACCAAGAUAUGCUCAAAUGUAGAGAUAUUUUAAGUGCAGAGAUUAUAGAGCAUGAAGAUCAAGAUCCUCCUUACCCAACACAUUCAAAAACUGCAAGACCUGCUAAUAAAACCUGGCCCCAUAAUCUUGAUAUCAUUUCAGUAAAGGCUUUAGACACUAAGAAUAAGUUAGCUGGUGAUCCCAGUAUCACCACAGGAAAGACUUCAGACCCUGAGAAUAAUGUGGCCCAUGAUCCAGGUGUCAUCACAAUAAAGACUCUAGACACUACGAAUAAUUUAGCUCAUCAUCCUAGUAUCACCAAAAUAAAGACUUUAGACACUAAGAAUAUAUUACAGGAAAGACUACCACAUGUUUCUUUACCAAACUUUGAGGGAGACUCAUCAGUGACUGAAAAAGUAAAUGUACAUAAAUGUCACCUCUCCAAAUCAUUAAGUCUUACUUCCCACAUAGAAAAUUUAAAACAAUCAAUGGUGCUCAAGUCAAUUUUAAGUAAAAAUCUGCAAGACCUUUCAGAUAGAUUAUUUUCUACACCAGGAGUUCCUAUGGACCCUGCAGCAAGAAAGAAAAGUUACAGUUCUCCACUUCUAACGGUUAUCCAAGAUGAACAACCAAGUAGUUUGGAAGAUAAAGUAUUUGAAAAAAUUCAAGAUUUAAGUAACCGGCUUUCAGAAGGAGGCAUUUUAAAUUCAAAGUCUCUUUUAAGUAAAAUAAUUAAAAAUAUUCCCACAGAUUCACUUUCAGAAGGCAGACCAGGAAAUUCUCCUGAGGCAGAAGAAGAACCUGUCUCUGAAAAACACUUACAGCCUGGUGAGAUAGAUUUUCCAAUUAAAAAAAAGAGUAGUUUCAAAAAGAAACAUUCAAAAAGUGAAAUAUCUAGCUCAAAACCAGAUUUGAAUAGCCUUGUAUAUGAUUAUGUUAUAAAGCAAAUAUUCACUGCACCGAUCUUCUCAGAGUUGGCGAGAGGAGUGAAAGAAGCAAGUGAGACACAGAUAGACUCGCAGAGUCAGUUACCCGCAGCUUGGGAGAGUUUGCUCGCUUCCAAUGUUCCAGUUCCCCACUAUGAAGAAAGCAAUAAUGAAACAGAAUUUCCACCAGCCAAUUCUGUUAUAAGCCAGAUAAUACAGGCAGUUCCUGUAGAUACUUUUUUAGAAUCAGGGAUAAUCAAAGUGAUGGAAUUAGAUAAAGAAUACCAGAAAGGUUUUUUGCUGGAUACAGAGACAACUUUUGCUGAAGAAAACCCAAAGGAUUCCACAGACUAUUAUUCAGAAAUCAGAGGCAAAGCAGAACCUCUUUCAGACCAGAAUUCAGCCAUCAUUCACCAAGAAACCACUUCUUCUUUUAAAAGAGUUGAAUUCAUAGACAAAGGUCAAAAUACAUCCCCAUGUGAAUCAAAAUACCAGUCGACACCAGAUAAAAAACCAGAUUUGCCAAGUAAUGGUCAGAGACUUGAUAGAGAAGAAAAUGAUACAAGUUCUACUUUAGAAAACUUAAGUACCUCAUUAAUGGGUAAACUUAAUGACUCUGAUGUAAUAAUGUUAAAAUCUUUUUUGAAAAACAUAUUUAACUUUUUUUUUAAAUAUAAUCAAUCUGAAAACAGACCACCAGAAAAAGAAUUAGAAAGACUAAUUCAACAUCCUUUUCCAAAUAAGACAGAAGACUUUGAAGAAAUCGAAGAGAAUUUUGAUAAAGCAGACAAAUUGGACAGAAAACCUGUUUUGAAUCCAAAGCUGCGUAUAUUUCUAGAAGAACUCUCAGAGUCAGAAAUAAAAAAUUUAAAAUCUGAAUUAAGUAAACAUGUCCAGCAUUACCUUGUAGAAAGGCUUUCGGAAUCAGGACAUAUCACCAAAGAAGACUUACCAAAAAUCUAUCAAAAUCUGUAUUUGAUGAAUGAGAAAGUAGAACCAAAAGGACAAAAUAUUUUUCUGGAGAAAUAUUCAGAAACUGUAAAAGAAAUCAUGUCUUUUGUAAAUAAUUUUAAUCAUUAUUUCAUAGAUAAACAUUUGGAAAUAAAACUAAGAUCUUUUUUAAGUGAAAUUCUCCAAAACUAUUUCCUGAAAAACCUUUCAGACAACAGUUUAUUUAACGAGACAGAAUCUGACCCUAUGUGCUCAGAAGUAUCUUCUCUAAGAGCUGAAAGUGCCUCAAUAUCUUUCCACGAGUUAGGACAAGACACUUCAAGCGGGAGUUUUGGCAGUAGACUUGAAAUAAACAUGAAAUAUCCCUUAAAUAAAUCUCUACAAAGCUAUCUUAUAGCUUUAUCAGAAAAUGAAAUCUUAGAUCUAAAAGCUGAUUUAAGCAAACACCUCCAGAGCCUUUUUAUAGAAAAACUGUCAAAAUCAGGACUAAUCACAGAAAGGCAAUUAGAGGGGAUAAGCCAGCACAUAAAUUUGGUUAAUUUUAGUUCCACACCACUAAAAUAUAUAAAGCCAGAUUUGUCUUUAAGAGAUGAAAAUCAGUUUGUGGAGGAGCAUUCAGAAAAGCAAAAUAAAUAUUCAAAAAUUGCUCAGAAAAACACUUUACAAAAAGUUCCCAAGGAUAGACUUGUAGAAACAGAGUUGACCAAAAAGGAAGAAAAAGAACUUUUUUCCUUAGAAAAUAUUAAAGAAAAUCCACCAAUAAUUCGGGAACAGAAAAGACAUUCUCAAGAAGCUAAAAUACUGAGAUUAAUUAAAGUACAACCCUGUUCCAACAAAAACACUCGGGUGAGUCCACUAAAUAAGUCUUCAGAAAGACUUACAGAUACAGUGCCUAAGAAAAAAAAGAAAGAACAUGGUUUCAUGCAGUUUCCUCAUAAAGAAAAUUUUGAAUUUAAAACAGAGACUCAAGACCCACAUAAUUGGAGUGGUAAAUCAAAAAUAACUCAAUCAAAGGCUUGCUUUGAAAAGACACUAAAAAUGAAGUCUCUUGACAAAAAGAAUCACAAUAACACCUAUAAGUUGAUGGUACAGGAAAAACCUGAAGCAGUAUUGUCACCAUAUCAAAGAAUUCCUAAUUGCAAGAUGCCAAAUGAAGAUGAGGAAUAUGUAAACAAAUUCACUUUUCCUUCCAGGCAAAAUAAUAUUCUAACUUGCCUCAAUUCAGAGGCUGGAGAGAAAUCAAAGUUAAAAGACCAGUAUCAUCAGAUAUUUAAAGAAAAUAAUAACAAUAAUAAAAAACAACAUUUAGAAAUAUUUGCACAUUACAAAGAAGAAAUACAAACCCUUUACACCAAACCAAAUGAACUUUGCAACGAAAAAUGUGCCUGGGUGCCUGAAUCACAAUUGCUUAAAAUUUUGAUAGCUGAGAAAAACUCAAAACCAUCUCUCUUCCCGGAAGUACCAAAGAGAGAAAAUCUAAAGCCCAAGGUCCGAAAAGAAAGAGAUCAUGUCAGCAAAAAAAAGUCAUUUAACAAGAUAGUUAGUGUAUUACCAACUACACCGCCCAGCACAGGAAUCCAUCCAAGAAAAUCUGUUCCAAGGACAUUGCUUCAUUGGACUGCAAGAAGAACUACACAUGAUUGUUCGGAUAGAUAUGAGGAAUUACAUGUGACUUCAUUUAAGCACCUUGAAAAUGCAAAAUCAAGAGCAAGGCUUUUAGAAAAGAGCCCAGAUGAUAGCCAUAAUCAGUUCAAACGCUUUGCAAGACCAUAUACUGCUCCAGAGGUUAACAAAAGAGGAGAAAGCUACACUGGAAAAUUUACAAGUCCUCGAAUGGUUUCAGCAGGCUUAGUUCAUAUAAAUGAUUCAAUCCCAGAAUAUGAAAUCCAUAAAAUGCGGCCAAAAAAAAAAUUUAAGAGAGAAUAUUGAAAAAUGUUCGCUCAUUUGUGAUAUUAUCCAAAUGUUAAACAGCUCAGAAUAUGUGAGGCCAACAGAAUAGCACUUCUCCAAUUAGCAAAUGGUUUGGAGAUCAGUCCUUUUUAUGUGAUAGGAGUCAGUAACCAAAUUUCAUCUUGUUAGAACCAUUUUGUUUUAAUUAAAAUGAAAAAGAAACA